CGCAGCUGCACGCUAGGUGCGCUGGGAUACGCGUGUGUACGUGUGCGUGUUUGAACUCCAAACUAUCAGCUGCUUCUCCGCGUUUGCAUCCGUCUGUGAAUUUGAUCGCUUAUCUGAAUGAAAAUGACACAAUGAUGUGAUCGGAUCCGUGCCCGUUUUUUUAAUUUUUAUUUGGGAAUUGCGCAUAACUGACCGUCUUUCUAUUGCAAAUAAUACGCCUUUUUUAACGCUAGUACAAGUUUCUUUUGUUGCUUAUCUGAAACUUUUUUCUAUUGAUGACAAGGGUGGUGAUGACCAUGAACGGCGACCACCAGCUGGCUGCCACUGCACCGCUGGACUUGUCAACAUCAGCGCGACAGCGCACAAACGCAGGAUCCAAGGAUCAGGACUACAGUCUCUGCGUCGGCGACGCGCGGGUGACGAGCGGCUCCCCAUCGCCUCCUGCAAGUACCGGGACGGGCAGCUCGGACGCCCAGAGCCGGAGCGCGCCUCGCAAACGCCCGACGGACUCACCUUCCUCUAGGCUUCCCUUAAGGAAACGCCCGAUUCCAGCGGAGCCAAGGCGCGUGGAGCCGCCACCGACCCCAACAGUCAAAUCUGACCGCACAUCUCCCACGGAACUCACCAACCUGCCAUCUCAGGGUUUGGAAAGCAGGGUUGGAGUUGCACCAGUAACUCCCAAAGAGCCAGGACACAGUCCAGAAAGAUAUCCAUGGUGCAUUUUGCCACCUGUUAAUUGCGUUCAUCCAGUUUGCUACCUAUCUCCAAUCCCAGAGCCGCUCUACCCACCCACUUAUCCGCCUGAAGACUUGCUGGCUAGAAUUUCUCUGGCUACACAACAAGAUGAAGAUGGAGACACAGCCCUCCAUAUUGCUGUGGUGCAGGGAAACUACGCCAUUGUCUGCAAACUUAUCCACCUUUUGCUGUGCGCUCGCAGAGGACUUGACAUCUACAACAAUCUUCGUCAGACUCCUCUUCAUCUUGCAGUGAUAACAAAGCAGGCUACUCUAGUGGACGCUCUGCUGGGAGCAGGCGCUGACCCUUCCGCUUUGGACCGUCACGGCCAAACAGCGCUCCAUCUCUGCUGUGAAUAUGACCAGCGGGACUGUCUGUCUGCACUGCUGUCUCGAUCUUCAUCCUCCCCGUGCCUGGAGGCUAGAAACUUUGAGGGUUUAACCCCCCUGCACAUGGCUGUUCAGCAAGGCCAUCAGGAUUUGGCAAAAAUGCUGCUGGAUGCUGGAGCUGACAUCAAUGCUAUGGACAUCAAGAGUGGCCAGAGUCCUCUUGUACAUGCCGUGGAGAGCAAUAAUGCUGGCAUGGUUCACUUCCUCGUUGAGAAUCGAUGUGACGUCAACAGACAGUCAUACAGCGGGAACACCGCCCUGCAUGUGGCCUGUGGCCGAGGUCAGGUAGACAUCGUGCGGGUUCUACUUAAAAGCGGAGCUGACAGUAGCCUGAAGAAUUACCACAAUGAUACACCUGUGAUGGUGGCCAAGAACAAAAAAAUAAUAGAUGUGUUGCGGGGGAGAGGGACCAAGCAGAUCAGAGAUCAGAACUGCGUGUCAGUAUUAACACAUGGGAGCACUUUUAUGGAAAAUGGUUCCCCGUCUUCCAACCAAAGCCUUGGAUCUUCACCCUCCACAACGCCCCACGCCCUUCAUUCAAACUACUCUCCAAGGACUUCAUCUGCACAGUUUUCCUUUUAUUAGCUCAUUAUCAACCAAUGGAAUUUGCAACUACCUCCAAACAAGCAAGCAUCAAAGAGAUAACAGAUGUCAGGGCUCUGGACAUACAGAGUCAAGCUCUGUGAGGUUGAAACUACAAUAUUCCAGAUGGAAUCUGACUGAAGUGAAGAUCACCACAAAAGACAGUCAUCGUCACAGCUCUGUCUGAGCUCCCAUGUCUUUAAAUGCUGUAUUUCAAUCCGUGUGGUCUUUAUGGAACUGUGGACAUGAAUGUUUUCUGUGUUUUAGCCACUAGAACAUGAAGAUUUUGAAUUACUGACUUCGGCACUUCUUUUAUUAUUAUAAAAAGAAAAACUUCCUUUACACCGAAAUAGUAAAAAAUAUACAAAUAAUUUGUCACGUUUUUCUAAAUGUUUGGUUUUUGUUGUCAAUAAAAAUGCAAAACGUAUUUGACCUUCAGGUUCAAGGUCAAAGCCGGACUCAACAGAGGAAUCACGUGUUUCCUACCAAAGACAGGUUUUUCCAGGGCUUGACACUAAAAUUAUAAUUUAAAAACAUGCUCAAGUUGAGCUAAAAUGGUGAACCAAUAUGUCGUCAAAACACUGCACUUACCGGUACAUUACUUUGAAUGUCGAUAAAUGGGUUAAUCAGAUAAGACUAGGAAAGAUAAAGCAAGUUUAACUACAAAACUUUAGUAAACUGCAGUCAUGGUAUUUUUAAACUUACAGCCAACUGAAACAACGGACUGAGUGAGUUUGAAAAGGUUUCGAUUCUGGGGGGGAUUCAGGUACGACAUCAGUGUGCAUUUUUUUGGCUUAUGAAGUUGCUUAGACUGACAAAACUUGAAACAGCUGAAAAUAAGUUUAUCUCUAACAGCAUACAGACAUUUUGAAACUGGCAGCAACAGGACAUGAGAUAAGACCCCAAUUAAAAAUGUUAAAAGAUCCAAUUGUGCUGUUUUUUAAGUUUACACAUAAUACUUUGGUGAAAAGGAUUUUAAAUAAAUCCAUCCAUCAAUUGUAUUGACUUCUUAGAUAUUCCUCAGGCUUUUGCUUUUGCAAAUGCUCCAUUUUUCCCACUUCAGACUUUAACCAGGAGUAGCUUUCAGGAAAAAGAAAGAGAAAUAAACACCAAAGAUGGCUUGAGUUUCAUUUGUAAAAUGUCUAGUGUACAGCAAUUAAAUGUGCAGGGGUUUAAAACAGUUUUAAUGUGCUAUGUGUCCAAAAAACAGAAAAAAAAAACUUAAACAAGGAUCUGUUGUGUUUUAUACUGAAAAGUCAAACUAUGAAGUCAAACUGGUAAAAAUGUUAAAUGUUGUUUUUGCUCUUUUGCUGUACUUGACAAUUAUUCGACUAUAUUGGAUCAAGUAUGGUCUGCAAUGCAGCAUCAAAUGUGCCACCUGACCUCAGCACUUCCAAUAAUUGCUGAUGUACUGUACUCCACAGUACUGUUCAUCUGUAAGUUUGUCCCAUAAUUAUUACCAGAAAAAUGCAAAUAUAUUCACUUUAUUCAAUUUCAAGCAGACUAAAACAGGAACUUGUACUUUCAUUAACUCAUUCCUUAAGAUUUUUUACUCCUCAUCAGUCAGGAUAUGUUUGAGCCCAGCCAAAUCUGGAUAUUGCAUGUUGAAGUUCUAGCUAAGCACCGCCACCUGGCGGCAAAAGAAAGAAAAGCAUGCAGUUCAUCAAUUGAGAAGUUGCAGCAUUCUUUGAAACUCAGCACUGUGCAGAUUUGCUCUGAGUUCUCAGAGAAUAAAGCUUUUGGUAAAAGGAAAGAAAUCACCUCAGCUGUUAUCUAUGUUUCUAUCUACAUGUAAAAAUUGUUAAAAGCAUCCAAGAAGCCCUGUGAUCCAUAACGGCAGAAAUAAAAAAUGCAGAACUACUAGAUG